GAAUCGAUGAUAGCAUGUGGCUACCAUAGUCCAGUUUCUCUCCAGUUCUCGGUCGUAUCAGUUCAAAUUUCAUUUGUUCGUUUUUUGUUGCCUGCUUUCAGUAGUACAAAAGCAUUUUUUUCUAAUCGGAUUAUCGUUCACUGUCGAAGUCUGUGUGUGUGAGAGAGAGCGUGAGGAAAACUGAAAUAAAUGGGCCUCAAAAAGGAGACAUUGAACUUAUGGCUUCCGUGGAUAGUAAUGACCUUCACCUUAGUCAUCACCGGCUGCAGCUCUUCGUUCAUAAAUCCAUACCGUCGAAUUUUGAGUCGCGGUAAAAUUCCUGAAGGACUUCGAUCCGGCAGCGAUAAUGGCGAACCUUUAAUGCUGACACCGUUUCUGGAAGCGGGCAAGAUAAAGGAAGCUCAAACAGCAUCCCGGGUGAAUCAUAGUCGAAUCGUUGGAUUCGAGAGCUACAGCGGAUUUUUCACCGUCGACAAACACUUCAAUUCGAGUAUGUUCUUUUGGUACUUUCCAGUGGAGAAUGUUUCGAUCGCCGCCACGGCGCCAGUUUUGUUAUGGUUGCAAGGUGGCCCUGGAGCAACAUCUUUGUUUGGACUGUUUGAAGAGAAUGGACCGUUCUAUGUUGCGAAAAAUUUAAAAGCAUUACCCCGCGAGUACUCUUGGCAUAAGACUCAUCAUUUACUCUACAUCGAUAAUCCUGUUGGAACCGGUUUCAGCUGUACCGACAAUGGUUACUCACAGAAUGAGACUCACGUUGGGGAUAAUUUAUAUAAAGCUUUGACACAGUUUUUCCAAUUGUUUCCGGAUCUUCAGAAGAACCAUUUUUACGCUAGUGGUGAGUCCUACGCGGGAAAAUAUGUUCCGGCGGUUGGAUAUACAAUUCACAAAAACAAUCCCACUGCCAAAAUCCAGAUCAAUCUGAAAGGUUUGGCAAUCGGAAAUGGAUACAGUGACCCGUUGAAUCAGCUAAACUACGGUGACUAUUUGUAUCAGCUCGGAUUGAUCGACACGAAUGCAAAAGAGCGAUUUGAUAAGGACGAAUCCGCUGCCAUUGAAUGUGUAAAACAAAACGAUUAUGCGUGUGCCUUCAAAAUCAUGGAUGAUCUGAUGGACGGAGAUGAAAAUCAUUCGUCAUUCUUCAGGAACAUUUCGGGAUUCGACACUUACUACAACUACCUACAUACGGCAGAAGACCCAAAAGAUGAACUUUAUCUGUUGGGAUUUCUAGGACUACCAGAAACACGCAAGGCAAUUCACGUAGGAGAUUUACCAUUUCAUGAUCUGGACAGUGAAAACAAAGUCGCAAAGUAUCUUGAACAUGACAUUCUUGACACCGUAGCGCCCUGGAUUACGGAGCUUCUCUCCCACUACAGAAUGUUGAUCUAUAACGGACAGCUUGACAUCAUUUGUGCCUAUCCGAUGAUGGUUAACUAUCUGCAAAAUUUGCCGUUUGAUGGCGCCAAGGAGUAUAAAACGGAACAACGCUAUAAAUUUUAUGUUGACGGCGAAAUCGCAGGAUACUACAAGUUGGCCAAGAAUCUAUUGGAAGUGCUCAUCCGAGACGCUGGUCACAUGGUUCCAAGGGAUCAAGCAAAGUGGGCUUAUGUUAUGAUGAAUGCAUUUACAAGUGGAAAUUCAUUAUCUCACAUUAGUUAAACUAAGAAUCGAAUAGAUACUAGACGAAAAUAAAGAUUGUGCUUUAUGAUUCAAGCUUA